ACAGUAAUAUUUCCUCAAUAUUUACCAUGCAAUCUGAGACAAUGCAAGAUACAUUCUCAUUUCUUCUUUUCUGCUUUGGUUCUGUAAAAGUGACUUACGGUUACCUUAUUUCGAGUGCUUGCAAAACAACCUCUCAAAAUGAAGGCUGGUUUCUUUUGAGAUGUUCUCUAUUUUAUUUGUUAGCAGCACAUUCCAGUGCAGUGUUGAAGAGGGUGUUAGGAUCACUUCGUUGGGAACCUCGUCUGCUGGCGGCGAUCGGUUCCUGUUUCCCAACUGCCUGGGCUCCCAUAUCUGCUUCCCCAUUGUCCUCAGCAGUUCAAUUGACACCGAAGCUUUUACGCUUGGCUGUCGCCAUCGGCUUCCUUCAGUCCUCCACAACAUCAGCCGGAGACUCAGCCUCCAACAUGAACAUGGAUGGAUCCACUGUUAAGGGGAGUGUGUUGAUUCGACACCAACUCCAUGAGGGGAAGCACCACUAUGAAGUGGGAGAAGUGGUGAAGUACAAAAACCAAACUGGAAGGAAAAUGUUCAUAAGAAGAGGCGAUAAGCUGAUGGAGAUAAAUGGAGUUGAUCUCCAGGACUUAGAACCUGAGGAGCUGGCCAAAACGAUCUCCGAAGGAAAUCCAUUGCUGUCAGUGCAGAAGAGAGAAAUAGAGCCUGAAAAGGAGGAGCAGCUGCCCCUAGAUGAGGACACCUUGCAGCCCUACGACAAGGAGUCCACUGUCCUGAGUUUUUCCUGGGAGUUGACGAGAGAGGAAGACGCCGAAGAAGGGGAGAAAAACGGGACAACAGAUUCAGAGGAGAAUGUGUGCCAAGAUGUGUGCAAGGAGAAUGGGGAGAGCAGAGACCUCCUUGUAAUUCACAUGACCAACACCAGCAUCACUGUGGUGGGAACCAGGGGUUGUAGUGAAUGUGAGGAGACAGGAUGCACCGUCAAUGACAUCGUGAUGGUGGCAGAAUCCAGCACAGUGACAUUGGUUCCCAGAGGAGAUGUAAGUUUCAGGCAGGAAAAGCUAGUAGAAGUCUUGAUAAAACAUGUGCCCACUCAUCGCUACCUCAGAACUAUCUGCUCGGAAAAGACCGUCACCUCUUCACCAAAUCCAGAAAAGAUCACUAUCUACUAUUACAAGUCGAAUGCCAUGGAUAAGAAGUUCAGAGGAAUUGCAGUGGUGCUAAAUCUCACUGGUUCCAAUUGCUUUCUCAGGUGCUACAAGGAAGGAGACAGGGUGCUCCUACAGACAGAGACGUGUGAAAAGCAGAGACUGAGGCAGAUCUCCAAGAAUGACGAGUGCACCUUCUCCUUUGUCUUCUACAUGAUGUCUGACCGCACAAAACAGCGAAAAUUUGAGUCUGCGCUCCACAAAGGCUGGUUCAUCCACAUAGCCAACUCUGAUUUGGUGGAAAUGGCUGAGACAGAUGGAGAAUCGGGAGAUUCAUCGUUCCUCUUUAUCAUUCAGAAGUGAGACGGGGUCGUUUUCUACACUCUCAUACUCACUUUUUCGCCGCCACACUGUAAAUAAAAUGUUGAGACCUGACAGAAGCUCUUUUUGUUCAUCCCAUCUGGUUAUGUGAUAAAAACUAUCUGUGUGAAGCUCUGACUUGGUGGACACGUGUCAUAUGGUUGUUUUACUAUCGCUCAGUUUAACAUUUUUUGUUGUUUUAUAUGAUUAAUAUUUCAAAUUAUUUGGAAAAAAGUGACUUUCAAACAACAUUUUUUAUGAUAAAUUUGUGGUUUUCCCCUUUGACCAUAUGUAAGUUUUAUUUGCAACAAUUUCAUGUUAUCUUGAAAGUCCUUAUGACAUCCAAUUAAUGCUUUUAUAUGACCUGUUUUUUUAUUAUAUGUCACGACUGCAGAUCUUUACCAGCUGAGACAUAAAAACUGACCUUAUAAAUAUUAUUAUAUUUAACAAUGGCCUUUUCAUAGAAGUAUUUUAAUUUACACACAAAAAAAUGCACAUUUUGUCAGAUAAGGAUUGAUUGAGUCUGGCCAAUCAGAGCAGGGUUGACCACCAUCGUUGCAUUGAUAAAUUGUAUUUUGUUCCAAAAGUUGAAGAAUUAUUUUAGGCAUACUGCAGUUCAUUGGAGCAGUUGUUGCACUUUCCCCCAUUUUAAUUUAUUGUAGCAGCAAAAAUAUUGAUAAAACCUUUUUUAUUACUAUUGUAGCUAUGACAUUUAUUUAAAUGAAAUCAAAUUCCUUGCACUCCAAAAAAAAAAAAAAAAAAAAAACUUGAAAUGAAAUUA